ACCCAGGCUCACAACCCGGGUUUCUAGCCGGCGGAAGCGGUCGGCGGCCUGAUAUCACGGAAGCGGGCACGGAGGGUCUGGACCUUGCCGGACCGAGAUGGCGCCGCCUGCGGGCGGAGCUGCAGCGGCUGCGGACUCGGACUCGGCCGCGGUGGUCUUGAGUGUGCUCGCCGCCGUGAGGCCGCUGACCGCCGGGCCGGAUGCGGAGACGCAGCUGCACAGGCUGCAGUUGAGCUCCGACCCUGAGCGGCCUGGGCGCUUCCGGUUGGAGCUGUUGGGCCUAGGACCCGGAGCGGUCAGUUUGGAGUGGCCCCUGGAGUCUGUCUGCUACACUGUCCUUGGCCCCAACCAGCAUGAGCUGCAGCCUCCACCAGGAGGACCUGGAACGCUCAGUGUGCACUUCCUCAACUCUAAGGAAGCUCAACAGUGGGCAGCACUGGUGCGAAGUGCCAAUCUGGAGGGACAGAAUGGUAGUGGCAGCCCAGCCUCAGAAAUGUGUCCAUCCAGUCCCUCUGUGGCCCCAGUACCCAAAGCACCUCAACCUGAAGUGUAUCUUCCACAAAGUUCUGAAGGCUUGAAAAAAGAAGAGCUGGCCAUGAGCCUGGCCCAGGCCAUUGUAGGUGGGGAUGAGAAGGAGGCAGCCCAAGUGGCAGCUGUCAUGGCCCAGCAUCGUGUGGCUCUCAGUGUCCAGCUCCUGGAGACCUGCUUCCCACCAGGUCCCAUCAGGUUGCAAGUCACAGUUGAAGAUGCCACAUCUGCUGUAUCCUCUGCAUCCUCUGCCCAUGUUUCCCUGCUGAUCCACCCGCACUGCUCCAUAGCAGCCCUCCAGGAGCAGGUAUUCUCAGAGUUUGGUUUCCCACCGGCUGUCCAGUGCUGGAUCAUUGGGCGGUACUUAUGUGUGCCUGAACGUAGCCUUGCUUCCUAUGGGGUCCGGCAAGAUGGGGAUCCAGCUUUUCUCUACCUGCUGUCAGCCCCCCGAGAAACUUCAGGACACAACCCUCAACACUCCCAGGUAGAUGGGAAAUUAGGAUCCUUGCUUCCCCAGACAUUGGAGUUGCCUCAUGCUCCCCAACCAACCAGUUCCAGUGUAUCUAGUCCUGCUCAGCCUGGCUGGCCCUGCCCUUCCUGUACCUUCAUCAACGCCCCAAGCCGCCCUGGCUGUGAAAUGUGUAGUACCCAAAGGCCCUGUUCUUGGGAUGCUCUUCCUACCGCCUCCACCUAGCAGCCACCGAAGGUUACAGAGAACAUGGCCAUCGCCUCACAGGCUCAAAUACCCAAGCAAAUUCCUGCACUCAGGACCUCUGUUGGCUGCUUGGUGAGGACAGAGUUAUCAGUCAUAGGGAAUAAGGGCCACAAGCCAGUCAUUAAACACUUAAGUCAGCAUAA